AUGAAGAAACCACACAAUUCCAGGAGUGAGGAGGCUUUUUUUUCACAGAAGCUUCCUGGGCAGGUGGAUGACAAGCGCACCCUUGGCAAGUCAAAGGAUCGGAAAGGGCUGCAUGGUUCUCGGAAACUGCUCCCCAAGUUAAAGGGAGCAGGCGAUGCCUGCGCUGAGUCAACUUCUUCCUUGCCGGGGACCAGCCGGAGCUGCACAGGCUCCAGAGGAUUCGAGGAGGCUCGGCCGAGACCGUCUCCAAAGUCGAAAUCUAGGGAAGGCAAGGAAGGCAGACAGCCCAGCCGAGAUGCAUCGGCACCGGCCACUCGCAGCCGACCUCCUAAGGAGUCCCAGGUGAACCAGGUAGCCGAAAAGCCACCUCGCAGGCGGCUACCGCCGAAGCCGGAAGCGAAGCCGGAGAAGGCAGAGGCCAAAGCGGAGGCGAAGGCAGACGCGAAGCCUCGCUCGGAAAAGCCCGACAGCUCUGACGAGGCGCGUGACCAAGCGCGGAACCAGGCGAGUGAGGCAAAGAAGGCGAGGCCGAAACCUGCACAGCCGGCGAGCACAGCUUCCUUUUCGUCGGCACUGUCGGGCCUUGGUGAUGACUCAGAGCCAGAACGAGACGGCUCGAUGCCUGCUUCCCCCAAAUCUGCUCAGGGCGGAACCUGGACGUGCAAGAAUGUUUUCAGCUCUUUCCAUUGCUACGCUCCAGAGACUCCGAUGAGCGCCAGCACGAGCCAUGCCGCGAGCGCAGCCGUGAAGCCGCCACCCCUCGACUCAGCUGAUGCUGCCGAGACCAGGCGGCAGAUGCGUGAGGUGCUUCAGCGCCGACUGCACCGGAUACGGGAAAAGGUGCAGAACCAACGCGCAGGGAUCGAUGCUCAAAAGAAAUACGAGCACCUUCCCGGCAAGGAGCGCGAGGCAGUGGAACGCGCGUUUUUCCAUUAUGAUGCCGACCUGUCUGGAUAUCUCGAUUACGACGAGAUCGUGCCAGCUCUGCGAGAGUUAGGGCUCUCCGGAUCGAACGCGAUCGAGAAGAGAGAGAUCAUGCAGGUCUGUCGCAAUGUCAUGACAGCCACGCGCGUACAGUCUCUUCAUCGGCGGCAGGCAGAUAGUCUGCAGCAGGUGCUGAAUGCGCAGCGGUCCCGAAUGCAGGGCCAGCCGCGCAUUAAACUUGAGGUCAAAAAAGCAGCGGCACCACAGAAGACUCCGAAAGCAGGAGAUGCAAAGCAGGCGCGCGGCGAUGGGAAGAGAGCCUCGGGGAGCCGGCGAAGCAGCUUUGCUUCAUCUCAAGGCACCGUCUCCGACGAGUCUGGCAGCGAGGACUUCGAGGUCGGGGGGGAGUCCCCGGGAGAGGACAUGCGUUUCGACUUCAUGACCUUCGCUGCCGUCUUGGUGCCGAAAGUUCGGCAGCGCUUGACGGAGCUGCAAAGCACAACGGUCAUGCGAUAUUUCUGCAAUUUCGAUAGGGAGGGAACCGGCGCAAUAUCGGUGUUAAAGUGCUUGGAGAUUGCGCGGUGCCUGAAAAUGGACCAGCUGCACAUGUUGGAUGCGUUGAAGGAGAGCGAUUUCUCGGUUGAAUCUGACACUUUGGUUGACUUUGAUGCGUUCGAGCAUUGUGUAAUGGGCUGCCGAGAGCGAACAAAUCGCCAACUGCGGCAGCGCGAGAUCGAGAUUCUUGUCGAGAUGAGGGUGCCGUCUGAUCUCUUCCAGGAGUGCAGGGAGAGCAUCCCCCAGAUCUACGAAGUCUUUCGACGAUUGUCUGGGGAUGUUGGACCAAUUGGCGUCGUCUCUGCAAAUGAUGCCUUCCUUGCCGUGUAUGAGCUUGGAAUGAUGCCACGGGAGCAGUGGCAGAAAGAGGAGAUCAAGCAGUUCCUGGUUCCGGUAGAUUCGGAAGACCAUGUGUAUGCUCAGACAGAACUGAAUUUCGAGGAUUUUCUAACAUUCCUGAGGAAUGUGCGGACUUUCAACGACGAGCAGCGUCUCACGGAGCUGACUGAGCAUUUCGCACGGCUCGACAAGGAUGGGAACGGCCACUUGGACAUGAAAGAGCUCAACCAGUUGCUGGAGGAUGUGGGGCACGCA